UUUAAAACGUUCAGAAUUUAGGGAGUGUCGUUUCCGCCGCCCUGGUUUAGUGGCUCCCAGACUUACUUGCAAUUUGGACAUGGUAGUUACUAACAACGUCCCAAAUCAAAGCAUUGGGACAGGCUCGGUCAGUAUGGCGUCUGGUGGUGUAUGGGGACAGUCACUCCUUGAAACCCUUGGCAAUGGGAAUUCAUCAACUAUUAAAUUCAGUGGAAGAAGUGACGGAGAAAGACCUUCCAGCUUAUCGUACAUUUUGCCCCACCCAUACUGUUGUCCGAAUGAUGGUGGAAAUGAGACGACCGGUACUUUGAUCUUAACAAUUUACGAACCAACAAACUUACCCACGUGGCAAUCGCCAGAAAAGGGGGCGAUCGUAAUCAAAUGGAACGCAGCGUGUCAAAGUGAUUGCAAUGAUUGGAUAGAAUUACGACUAGCCCCAUCAGGAAAGUCUUUCUCAGGGGAACUGUUCAAUGAGGACCCAACUCAGACUGUUUUAAAUGCAAACCAGCGUGCCAGAGAUGGACAAGGAGAAGCGACAGAUGUGGAUUUCGUCAUGAAACACGGUGCAGUUGCUAGGGUAGCUAACUCGGACUUUGUCGCAACGGCCAGGUUGGAGAGUGAUGAACGAGUUGGAAAUCGUGUUAUGAAGGUCACCAUUUAUCCCAACAGUAUGACGCCGGUGGUGAUUGUUGAUGCUGGUGUUUGAUUUGGCAAAAUUAACCGAGUAUGUAAAUUAGGAUGGAAGUAGGAAGAAGUUGUAUGUAGAAAUAAAAAUUAUAUUCG